AUGUCUUCAUGCGCCCUAUGCCAGCUGCCGAUUUUGGACCGAUAUGUCUACCAUGUGCUCGGCAAAGCCUGGCACCAGGAAUGCUUGCGCUGCUCGGAUUGCCAGUCACCGAUGAAUGAGUCGUGCUUUAGUCGAGACGGCCUUUUGCUUUGUCGACGCGAUUUCUCCAGACGCUACGCCACGCGGUGUGCUGGCUGCGAUGGCGGGCUCGAAAAAGAUGAUUUGGUGCGAAGAGCAAGGGACAAGGUUUUUCACAUCGAAUGCUUCCAGUGCUCGAUUUGUCACCGAAAACUCGACACAGGAGAACAACUCUACAUUCUCAGCGACGCGCGCUUCGUCUGUCAACAGGAUUUCUUGCACGGCCAGCUGGCCUCACCGAGCACACCGUUGACUCAACUAGUCGCCGCGCCAAUUUCCACGCCUGGCACUUUGCCGCACACCCCGCUCUCAAAUGGCACAACGACACCGCAUUUGGGCCACGCGUCGAGCAGAAAUGGCUCGCACGGUGGCUCGGAUUGUGGCUCGGAUGGUGAUGAGGAGAAUCAUGAUUGCGCGGAUGAGAUGCACGAAGCGUUGGAGAAUGGAGAGAAUCAACAAGACGAUGGAAAUAAACUGGAAAACGAAGCAAAUGCGAAAAGGAGAGGACCGAGAACGACGAUUAAAGCGAAACAGCUGGAGACUCUGAAGAAUGCUUUCGCUACCACGCCAAAACCAACCCGCCAUGUUAGAGAGCAAUUAGCGCAAGAGACAGGACUGAAUAUGAGAGUGAUACAGGUCUGGUUCCAAAACCGGCGCUCAAAGGAACGUCGCAUGAAACAGUUGCGCUUCGGUGGCUAUCGACCGGCAAGGAGAAGUCGUGGAGGACGAGAUGAUCUUGGAGACGUUUACGGGCAUGAUGGUGCCUUUUUCGCUGCUGCACCGAUGGGCUUUUAUUGUGGAGACAUCUAUGCGAGUGCUGGCGAUCGACCGCCAUUGCAUCCACCAUUUCCGAUUGGACCCGACGGGACACCAUUGAUAGUGACGCCAAUGACCGAGGGUGGGCUGUCCGAGUGCUCGUCGCCGACCCUGGGUGGACCCGGGGCAGGCCUGCUGGGCCCUCCAACCGGGGACUACGGUGAUGACCCCCACGCUCCGUUCCGAGAGCUCCCCUCACUCUAUUAUGCACACAAUCCACCAAUUCAA